UAAAAAAAUAGGUUUUCACUUUGUCAUUAUGGGGUAUUGUGUGUAGAUGGGUGAGAGAAAACAUAUAUUUAAUGCAUUUUGAAUUCAGGCUGAAACACAACAAAAUGUGGAACAAGUCAAGGGGUAUGAAUACUUUCUGAGGGCACUGUAUCCGCUUAAUGUACAGGCUCUUUUUCUUUUUUAAUAAAAUAUUAUAAAAAGACCAAUAGCUUCUUGUUAUUGGUGCCUAUCAGCUCAGAUUGUCUUAUAAACUCCUAAGCACAUCAAAACAUGAAAAUGAUUGAGAUGGCUAUAAAUUGAUAUUUCAGAUAUCAAUUGCCAGAGAAGUCGAUCAGGUUCACAUUGGACAGGGGCUCCUGGCAGAGCUUCUGAAGUCUCUCUCUCCAUACAGGCACGGCCUUCAGAUCCUCCUAUCACAUCUCUUCUGCACGCGGCACACAGACAGCAGGUUCAUGUUUAUAUGUUUAACUAACUGCUCAGUAGAUCUGCUCACAAAGGCCUGAGAAUAUAUUGCCUUCUUCAGAUCAACUAUACCAGUACUUUUUAUUAUGAGCUUUAGAAGGCUGUGAACCACACUUAAUGCCAUCUGUCACAACCAGUAAGGUUUGUCUUCUGCCCUGAUUCUUCUGCAGUUUCAAACAUAUCCAGCGAUAUGGAGAGUGGGAUUCAUCCAUUCUUAGUAAUAAUGUAUUUAAAUGAAUUGUGAGGAGAUGACAGACUCUCCUGCAUGCUCUGUGUGACAGGCUCUCCUGAAUGCUCUCCAUCUUUCCUCUCUCUGCUCCCCCUGCUCACUUUCAUAGAUAUCUCUGGUAAUUACGGGAUAAAGGCUUUUAUAGCCCAGCAGCAACCUAGCACUGAUUCACGUGAAGGUAGCAUCUCGCAGGUCCUCCACAACCAGACAGUGACAGAGGAGCAGUAAGAACAGCAGCCUUUCACUGUGAUAGAAAUACAAUGAAACCAAUAUGAAAGACGGAACAACUUAAUCUUAAAUUCAUUUCAGGGCGCUUGAAUUGCUUUAUUCCUGGAGACGAAGUGGAGUGUGUUUGUUGGAGCUGUUCUCCUCUGAGGCUGAUACACAGAGCUCAGUCCCCAGUCAGUGCUGUGAUGGCUGGUGUACUGUCAGUGAGACAUGCCCUCUAAUGAAGCAUUUGCUGAAGUGACAGAUUCACAGACACAGACUGUUGUGGCUGCUGCCUCAUUAAAGCAAACGAGCGAGAAAAGAGGAGUAGGAGGAAUGUAGGGAGGGCUUUAAACCCCUCAUCACUGAUAUAUUUACAAAUCCACACACUGAGACGGGAGAGAAGGAAACAUCUCCAUGUUAUGCAAGUAGUCUGAACUUCCUCAUUUUUGGAAAAGUCAUGCUCCAACUUUGACCCUUAUUUCCUGCUGUUGAUGACUUCCUUGUUGAAAACGGAAUUCUGGGAAAGUAGAGUGUAUGUUGAUGAGGCAGCUCUGUCUCUGAUUCUCUACCCAUGCCUGGGCAGUUUGGAACGGGGAGGGGAGGAGGUAUGGGGCUCGAAAAAAGAACAGGGUCUUUCAAGCAUUAACUUGGAGUUACAAAGUAACCUGUAGGGAGAGUUUCCAUAGAAACACAGCUCAUUAUAAUGAAAAAGUAUAAAGACAGGGGGGUUGCACACACCUUCCAUGUUAACCACAACUAAAACUGGCUACUGCACUUGUACAGUUGCAACAUACAGAGAGGUGGUUUCAGAGGGGAAAUGCUCAUUUUUCCAAUGGGAGGAUAUGAAGCCCACUUUGAUUGAUAGCUAUAGAUGACAAAUGGAUAUCUGAGAGGUAUGCCACCACAACGAGCAAAUAAAGUUAUUAUGUAAUUAAUGGUAUCAUACUAAAGGGCUAUGCUAAUUUAUCAAGAAAGAAAAGUCAACUACAGUAUAUCAAGAUCCGUAGCAGCCGUGGCGGAGCAUGCCGCACCACAUACAGCCAAGCGAAUGAAAGAGCCUGAGCGGAGGACUCUAAAACAAGUGAGAUGAGACAAGUUCCUCUGAUUUCAACACUAAAGGUAAUUUAUUAACACACCCAAAUUCCUGCUUGGCUGACCAACAGACUAAAAGCAAAAGCCUAGCAUAGCAUAGCAGCCUGACGGCCAUAGCAGAGGACUAGUAGUGGAGUAUGGGCUCUACAGGCUCCAGGUCCAGGCUCAGUCAGGUGGCCCCGUGUCACAGUCAGACAGAGGGAGACCUGGACCAGCAGGCCAGUCAUCCCACUUCACAUUGGACCAUCCCUGCCAUACCAACCCCACUGGAGCAUCAACAUGAGCCGCUGGGACAUAGGAGGACUACCCAGCUGCCCCCACUGAAACUGGAAAACCCUGCAACCUUCCCACCGCUAUCUACAGCCUCCCACAAAGUCAAAUCAACAUUUGGGGUCCAAGCAUCAUUCAUCCUCAGCCACCACGGAGACUACAGGGCAGGGACCGGAGAGAUGGGGGUGUCCUCCACUUUUCUACACCCAGCCAGGGGGCACACGGUGGCACCGGCCGCCUGCCGCAGGGAGGUCUCCUGGAGGCACAGAUGGUCCUCAGUCAACAGGCCCAGCAGAGACAGAGAGCCCACCAGAGACAAGUCAGAGAACAGCGGGAGCACGAGAGGAUCUUCUAUACAGAUAAUUUUGGAGCACCAAGCAGCAAAGGGAUACAUGGUGGACCGACUUUGAGGAAAACCUUACCUUGGAUGCUGGACUGGAAGACAGAGAAACAAGGAGAUCCAGUUCCCAAACACUUGAACUCUUUAGGGGAUAGUGAGAGGGCUAGUAGGUGGGACAUGAGGCCCAGGCCUCUGAUAGACUGGCAGAGGUGGGACUUUGGUUGAAUCAACGUUGUUCCACAUCAUUUCAAUGAAAUUACGUUGAACCAUCAUGUAAUAGACGUUGAAUUGACGUCUGUGCCCAGUGGGCUAUAUCAUGUGGAGAGCGUGAUUUGGGAACCUGAACGGGACUAGGAGCUGUUUAUGAGGUUUAGUAAUCUGGACUAAACUGGAUCUCCAAUCUCAUGUUGCAAAAUGCUAAUUAACUUUUCAUGGACAAUUUAUUUAGAAAAAGCUGAAAUUGUAUCUAAUUUAUUUGGUAAAAUGUUUGCAUUUUACUGUAUG